AUGGCCCCUGUACUCCCACCAACUGAAGCAGAAAAGAACAUUGAAAUUUGGAAGGUCAAGAAACUGAUCAAGUCUCUGGAAGUUGCCAGAGGUAAUGGUACAUCCAUGAUCUCUCUGAUCAUACCUCCAAAAGGUCAAAUUCCUUUGAUUCAAAAGAUGUUGACGGAUGAAUAUGGUACCGCUUCCAACAUCAAGUCCAGAGUCAACAGAUUGUCAGUUCUAUCUGCCAUUACAUCCACACAACAAAAAUUGAAACAAUAUACCAAAGUUCCUCCAAAUGGUUUGGUCGUCUAUUGUGGAGAUGUCAUCACUGAAGAGGGUAAGGAAAAGAAGCUGACCAUUGGUUUCGAACCUUUUAAACCAAUCAACACAUCUUUGUACUUAUGUGACAACAAAUUUCACACUGAGGCAUUGUCUGAAUUAUUAGAGAGUGACGACAAGUUCGGUUUCAUCGUCAUGGACGGUAAUGGAGCUUUGUUUGGUACAUUGUCUGGAAACACCAGAGAAGUUUUACAUAAAUUCACUGUCGAUCUUCCAAAGAAGCAUGGUAGAGGUGGUCAAUCUGCCCUGCGUUUUGCCCGUCUGAGAGAGGAGAAAAGACACAACUACGUUAGAAAAGUUUCCGAAGUGGCCGUGCAAAACUUCAUCACUGGUGACAAAGUUAACGUCUCGGGACUGAUCUUAGCUGGUUCUGCCGAUUUUAAAACAGAGCUGUCGAAAUCUGACAUGUUUGACAACCGUCUGCAGGCGAAGGUGAUCAAAGUGGUCGACGUGUCUUAUGGUGGUGAAAAUGGAUUCAACCAGGCCAUUGAAAUGUCUGCUGAGACAUUAGCUAAUGUAAAAUUCAUCCAAGAAAAGAAAUUGAUUACACAAUAUUUUGACGAAAUCUCUCAAGAUACUGGAAAAUUCUGCUAUGGUGUUGAGGACACACUGAAGGCGCUAGACCUGGGUGCCUGUGAAAUCAUCAUUGUUUACGAAAACUUGGACAUUGUACGUUACACUUUGAAGGCAAGCGACGGUUCCAAUGUUAUUGUGCAUGCUUCUCCUUCUCAAGAAAACAAGGACUACCUUAUUGACAAGGCUACUGGAACAGAGAUGGAUAUAGCCGGAGAAGAACCGCUGUUGGAGUGGUUAGCUGAAAACUACCAAAACUACGGUGCUGCCUUAGAAUUUGUUACGGAUAGAUCAUCUGAAGGUGCCCAGUUCGUUAGAGGUUUCGGUGGUAUUGGUGCUCUGUUGCGUUACAAGGUUAAUUUUGAACAAUUGGUCGAAGAAUCUGAAGACGAAUACUUUGACGACGAUGAUGAUUAUAUUUAG